AUGCCUUCCCAUUUUGACACUUUGCAAUUACAUGCAGGCCAGGAAGACGCCACGGAGAACUCUCACAACCCAAGAGCAGUUCCCAUCUAUGCCAGUACUUCAUUCGUUUUCAACGACUCCAAGCACGGUGCUGAACUGUUCGGUCUAGAGACCCCAGGUUACAUGUACUCCCGUAUCGUCAACCCAACAGUCGAUGUCCUAGAAAAGAGGAUUGCUGCUCUAGAAGGUGGUGCCGCCGCUUUGGCCCUUUCUUCCGGUCAGGCUGCUCAGACUUUGGCAAUCACAGGUCUGGCUCACGCUGGUGACAACAUCGUGUCUACUUCUUACUUGUACGGUGGUACUUACAACCAAUUCAAAGUGGCCUUUAAGAGAUUGGGCAUCGAGACCCGUUUUAUCGAUGGUGAUAGUCCAGAAGACUUCGAAAAGGCCUUUGACGACAAGACCAAAGCUCUUUACCUAGAAACUAUCGGAAACCCCAAGUACAACGUCCCAGACUUCGACAAGAUCGUUGCCGUGGCCCACAAACACGGGAUCCCGGUCGUUGUAGACAACACCUUUGGUGCCGGUGGGUUCUUUGCCCAGCCAAUCAAGUACGGUGCCGACAUUGUCACACACUCUGCUACAAAGUGGAUUGGUGGCCACGGUACCACCAUUGGUGGUGUGAUUGUGGACUCUGGUAAGUUCCCAUGGAAGGACUACCCUGAAAAGUUCCCACAAUUCUCCAAGCCUUCUGAGGGUUACCAUGGACUGAUCUUCAACGACGCACUAGGUUCUUUGGCCUAUAUUGCUCACGUCAGAGUUGAACUUCUCAGAGACUUGGGCCCAGCUUUGAAUCCAUUUGCUGCUUUCAUGUUGCUACAAGGUGUUGAAACUUUGUCCCUGAGGGGUGAGAGACACGCUACCAACGCCUUAAAGCUAGCCCAGUACUUAGAGAGCUCUCCAUAUGUCUCCUGGGUUUCGUACCCUGGUCUACCCUCCCACUCCCACCAUGAAAAUGCCAAAAAAUACUUGACCAACGGUUUUGGUGGUGUUCUUUCCUUCGGUGUCAAAGAUCUACCAAACGCUGCCAGCGAAAAUGAUCCUUUCAAGGCUUCUGGUGUUCAAGUUGUGGAUUCUCUCAAGGUAGCUUCUAAUUUGGCUAACGUGGGUGACUCUAAAACUUUAGUCAUUGCUCCUUACUUCACUACUCACCAACAGCUGGAUGAAAAGGAGAAGCUGGCUGCCGGUGUUACCAAGGACUUGAUCCGUGUUUCGGUUGGUACCGAGUUUAUCGACGACAUCAUAGGCGACUUUGAACAGGCCUUUAAGAAGGUGUUUAAAGACAGUGCUUGA